CUCCCAUUCGCACUCGCACUCGAACCAAACCAUCGAAGCUCGAACUUGUUCGUCUACCACUCGCACACAACACGCUCCACGCUCCACGCUCCACGCCAGACACCCUCACACCCUCACAUCCCCAUUACCGACCAAUAUGCGCGGAAACGACCCACAGACCAAGGUGCACUACAAGGGCUCCAACGAUGACUUCGUCAUCAUUGUAGAGUCCGCUCAGGCGGUCCAAGAUUGGAAGAAGGAUAGCAGUAUUCCCCUGUCGCAGGUGGUCGCAGGCUGGAAGGUGUUCGUGACACACAAGCAAGGCAACACCGGUAUCCUUGAUACAGCCUCGAAGGGCUCGCUCGAGGAUGAAUUUGGCACCAGCAAUGAGGACGAAGUGGUCAAGCAGAUCCUGGAGAAGGGCCACAUCAUCGAGACUGGAAGCGCUGCCCGUGACGGUGUCAAGAAUGUCACACAAGGCCCGAUGGUCGGCCACUGAGCUGGUCUUGGUAGGCGAUAUUGAGGAAGUCUAUCACGACACAACAGUCCGAGCAUAGACUGCCGGUUAUGAAGACAUUGACGAGACGCUGGCCAGAGCUACAGAGCGCUGGAUCCUUCCAUCUCGCACUAUAAGCGAUAUCCACAGAAUGAAAUAUGAUGAGGAAUGAAAUUUUCUGGCUCAACCAUCUUCGCCCGCCGUCCCACGCAGCUUCUUCAUAUCUUAUACUUGUAAGCGUACCUGCUAAUUGGCAAAUAGUCCACCCACGGAAGUUUGCUAUCGACCACAUGAGCAUCGGCGUAUUGCGUAUCGCCUCAUUCGUUACCUACACUUUGGGUUCUGGAAGUUGUGCGGGCGUCCGUCCGUCGCGUGGCUGCAUGUUGUGUUGCAUCUGCUUUGUACAGACAGACAUCCAUGGACUCACUGUCACUCCAAGAACACGAACACACCACGCAGCGGGAGUCUUUUCAUCUCACUCAGUCAUUAAGGUACCU